AGGAGGCUGGACCACCACUGUGUCUGGAUUAACAGCUGUGUAGGGGAGCAGAACCAUCAAGCCUUCAUCCUUGCUCUCUCCUUCUUCCUUCUGACCGCUGUGUAUGGAAUUAGGCUGACCCUGCACACCGUCUGCAGGGGCCGAGCUCCACUUGUGGCUCUGUUCUACUGCCCCGGGGCCUAUUCUGACCACAGCUCUGCUCUGUCGUUCACCUGUGUGUGGUACUGUGCCAUUGUAACAGCUGGCAUGGGAUACAUCCUCCUCAUCCAGCUGCUGAACAUCAGCUACAACGUGACCGAGAGGGAAGCUCGGCUGGCUCUGCGGGACAACGCCGGGCGCAGGCUGCUGGGGGGGCUGGUGAUAGACACUGGCCAGUAUAACAGGGGCUUCCUAUGCAACUGGGGCCAUUUCUUGAGCCUGGGGUCUUCUCCUCCACAGCGCUCUGCCGAAGACAUCGUGUGA